UACUAAAUCACAGAAAAUCUUGUCCAUUUCCUCUCAAUUUUACGUUUUCUUUCACGUAUUUCAGUUCAUAGAAAGUUGCAUUAACCAUUUUUUAAAGCUCUAGUCUGUAUCGAAACCCGAAAGCACAGAAAUUUUUGUGCUUCGAGUUUGAAAACCCGUUUAGCUUGCAAGGAAUGCUGAAAGGACCACGGGAUUGCGGUGGAGUACAGUGAGGUGACGGCGUCACCGUUAAUUCUGCUCAAUACUGGUAGCUGCACUUCCAUUGCUGGAUCUGUUGCAAGCAAUCUUUCUGAGUGCAUUUUGACCACAUAUCGGUGCUUUUGAGUGUAUUUUGAUGGGACUGCAUGUGUGCAAGCUUGAAUCUGAUGAAUUUUGCAAAACGGAUGUUUAUAGAAGUCUAUAUUAAGUCGGCAAUGUUGUUCUCUCCAAAUUUUACUUAAUGAUAUUGACUUGGAGAAAUCUUGGAUUUUUGUUAAAAGUUUAGAGCGAGUUGCUGUUUAUAAGGAGUUGAUUCUGUUGAUCUGGAGAUGUGCUUCUUAUUGAACUGAAAAAUUAGAGGGAGUUGAGGGAACAAUCCGGAAUUUAGAUAUGGCUUCAUGGGAACAUUUUGGGGAAAUUGCAAAUGUCGCCCAGCUUACUGGCAUAGAUGCGGUGAGGCUAAUUGGGAUGAUUGUGAAAGCUGCUACCACAGCCCGGAUGCACAAGAAGAAUUGCAGGCAGUUUGCACAGCAUCUCAAAUUAAUUGGAAAUUUAUUGGAGCAGCUCAAGAUUACUGAACUUAAGAGGUAUCCGGAAACCCGAGAGCCAUUGGAACAACUUGAAGAUGCAUUAAGGAGGUCUUAUAUAUUGGUCAAGAGCUGCCAGGACAGGAGCUAUCUUUAUCUGUUGGCUAUGGGGUGGAACAUUGUCUACCAGUUUCGUAGGGCUCAGAAUGAGAUUGACCAAUAUUUGAAGAUUAUUCCUCUUAUCACUCUGGUGGAUAAUGCUCGAGUCAGGGAGAGGUUGGAAUUUAUUGAAAGGGACCAGCAUGAAUACACAUUGGAGGCUGAGGACAUGAAGGUGCAAGAAGUGAUUAUGAAACCAGAGCCUUCUAAAGAUGAUACCAUUAUAUUAACGAAGAACCUUUCUUGUUCCUACCCAAGAGUACCUAUCAAUGAGGCAAUUAAAAAAGAAAAUGAAAAGCUGCAACUAGAAUUGCAACGCUCACAAGCUAAUUUAGAUGUAGGUCAGUGUGAAUUCAUUCAGCAUCUUCUGGAUGUCACAGAGGUUGUUGCCACAAACUCUCUAUCAUUGAAGAGUUCACCUAUCAAGCCUCCCAAAAAGUUGGAUGAAAGUUACUCAAAUGUUGAUAGUUACACGGACCAUUACGUUGAAAGUUAUGCAAAAAAUGAUGAGAAACAGGCAACUUCAAG